UUAGUUAAUUUUAGACUCAAAACUUUUGAUCUCAAAAUCAAUUGAACUCUAACAUGGGUGGGGUGGUUUAAGAGGGUAGGAGUCGGAUAUUUUGGUUUUCUUUUGCCUCCAUAAACCCCUCACCGGCGGAAAGAAAACCGGAGUUUCAAAGGAAAUAGUUUUGGAAUGCAGCCGCUUCUCAUCCAGAAUCAACUGCCAUGUCCUCUCCCUACUUCCCUAUCAAAUUCAAAUAAUGCUCCGCCGUCGAUUUCUCCACUCAAUCUUCUCCGGCUUGGGUCACUCCGCCGGAUUUCCACUUCCGGUGGCGGAUACGGCAGAGGCGGUCUAGUGAAAUGCAUGGCCAAUCCUCGGAGAGUGAAAAUGGUUGCUAGCCAGAUAAAGAGGGAGAUCUCCGACAUGCUACUGACGGAUAAGGUUUUGAAGAGCGCGAUUAUGCCUGAAUAUGGUCUCGGAGCUGAUCUGUACCUGUCCUCGCUUACUUCUAUCAGCGAUGUUGAAGUUUCUACCGAUUUGCAGGUUGUCAAAGUGUAUGUUUCUGUUUUCGGGGAUGAUAGAGGAAGGGAAGUGGCUAUUGCAGGAUUGAAGGCGAAAGAAAAAUAUGUGCGAGGCCAGUUGGGCAAGCGCAUGAGGUUGAGACUUACUCCCGAGAUUCGAUUUAUUGAAGAUGAGUCUCUUGAGAGAGGAAGCCGGGUUAUUGCUAUAUUGGAUAAAAUAAAGUGCGAGAGCGAGAAAAAGAAGGCAGAUGCACCAGUUGAUGACAGCUCUGACUCAUCUGAUCAGAAUGAAGAUGCCGAAGAAUGGGAUGGCGAUGGUGAAGGAAUCGUCUAUGUGGAAUAGUUUCUGCUGAAACUAUAGUCUUUUGAACUCACAGCAGAUAUAAGGUAAACUGCAGGAAAAGAAGAAAAAACUGAUCUAGCAAUCCUCAAGAAGAAAGGGUCACCCUCCACUCUUAUUUCAAGUCCCCUCCUUCAGUCCCCUACAUGAGCUCACCUGCACACAUUAAACAGCCACAAGUUCAGAAAGAUGGUUUCUAAAAUUGUCGUGAUGCCACCAAUAGAGUUGUUUGUAGCAUAAGAUGUGGUCCUUUUUUUUACUAUCUCCGUCCCCAAAAAAUUUGGGUUUGUAGUACUUGACUAAAAAUAAUGCUCUGUAUUGCAAACAUGAGAUGUCAUUUU